ACAAAACGUACGAAACUGUCGUGGUGAACGGACGUGGAUUUUUCGGUUGCCCAUAUAUAAUACACGAACAAUUUUUUGUUGCAAACGCGGGCGUAACCAACAAAAUAAAUGAAUGCAACAACGACAAACGGAGACGGCGAGCCAUGUACAACGUCCGCGUUUCUAUACUGAUUUUUAACAUUUUGUUUUCCCGACAAAAUAAUUCUUCUUAGUUUGUUUGUUGCUUUCAUCGAGUGUUGUGCAAGUGAAAAAAGGUGAAGUGAGCGUUAAAUGACGAGCAAAUGACCAAUUUCUUCGGCCCCCGUCGCUGCCGUCAACGAUCAAAUUAUUGAUCAAUGUGAAUUUCAAAACAAAAUUGUGAACUUAAAAGCAACAUAUACAUAUCAACAAAAUUGCAAUACAAUAACAUAAUCAACCCAAGAUUCUUAAGUAUUUUUAUAUACAAAACGGAUAAUAAGGAUACUAUGGAUAAAUCCCCCUAAAACAAAUUCAUAUCAAAUUCAAAUACCACCAAAAACAUAUCAAGGCUGAAAAGGAAGCCCUAAAAACAAAAAAACAAAGCGAUUGAAAGGAUAUUGACAAUUGAGAAAAAUCGCCGACACACGAAACGUUCUGGUCAAAGUCUAAUAGAUACCAUAUAGUUUAUGUUAGCAUUAAAUUAAAUAAAAAAUCAAGUCACAGACAACACUCCCAAAAUAAAUCCCGAAACCCACCGCACAUAUCACACAACUACAUCAAGAAACAAGAAAAGAGCAGAAACUAAAUCCAAUUCAAAUUGCGACUUGCGGGGCAUUUUGAGUGUGCGUCUGCAUAAAGUUGAUCAAAUCAAAUAAUGCGCAUACGAUAAGAUCGAUGUUACCAACAGAAUUGAUGUCCCUCCAUGAUAUUCCCAAGCGAAAAGAAAAAAGAACUAUUGCGUUAUGCGUCCAGAAACAAUCCGGCUACGUGCGAUGCGGUUGGCGGCAUGCGAAUGCCCAUGCAGCAACCACAGCCGCAGCUCCUUCCACAUCCACGCCUCCCUCACACCUCCGCCUGCUGCUGUCCGCCGAUGACGCCACCGCCGCCAUACUGCUUAAUAGCCUGCUCCGUCGACUAUUCCUCCUUUCAGCGUCUUCAACAGCGGCAGGAUCAGCAGCAGCUGAUAACAGCUGUAGAUGUCGCGGACGAUGCAGUGGAUGCGGAAAUGUCCGCUUCGGCAACAUCGGCGACGGAGAACUCGGAUUCCUAUAUGAAAAGCGACUGCAGUUACGGAAGCUCUGCCGCCGACUUGCAGAGCGACGAAAACGGACCAUGUCCAUUGCCCGCGUAUCAUCCAACACAACAUCCGCCUCAUCCGCAUCCGCAUCCACAUACGGAACAGCCGACACGAAUGCUGCUGCCAUCGACAUUUGCGGCGACGGCGGCGAACAUGUUUCGGAAUUGUUGCGGUGGCGGCGACUCCUCCAGCAGCAGCAACGGAUCCAUAACGAGAACCCGACCCAGCCCGCCCGUAACCAGACGACACCAGCUGAAUCGUCAGCGCACACAACACUCCACACCACCCACCUGCCCCAUACAUGCGUCCCGUGCAUCAGCGGGAGGAGCAAUAGCAGCAGCAACAGCAACAGCAGUGCCUGCCACACCGAUGAUGCGCCAACGCACACUCAACCAACACCUCAAUGCGCUGCUGAAACCGUUCAAGAACAAGCAGAUUGCCGAGCUGCUGCAAGCUGUGAAGAGUCGCGUGGAUCCGCCACCCAAGUGCAACACGCUGGCUGCCAACAACAACAACAACAACAGUGUAAUCAACAGUUCACCGAGUUAUCUGCAGUGCAUACUGAUCAAGUGCACCUCGCCGUUGGACGAGGAGCAACACGUUACCACAUGCCAGCUGUUUUUUUGGUCCGACCUCAGGGAUGCCAGCGAACUGAGGCGCCUGCCCAUUUGUCCAAGUGCCAGGGAUUACGUGUACACCUGCUGCAAUCCGCUGCACUGGUAUCGCAUAAUACACCCCAUCGAUACAGAGUCUGCGCCUCCGCCAUAUCAGCGCUCAAAAAUGCUGAGACUAAGAGAUACAGCAUUCUAUCAUCAUCCGCUAGAUUCCGAGGGAAACACUCAAAACAUCGAAAGGUCGUCGGGAGGAAACAGCAGCAGUCACCACAACAAUCACAGCAACAGCAACAACCACAGCCAAAGCAUUUCGAGCAUCUUCAAGCAAGCGGAGUCACAGUUGUAUGUGCCAAGUCUCGAGUCUUUCACCACUGAUGGCAAAGAUCGCAGCGCGUGCUCUAAAGUAUGGUGUCAGAUUGCCUAUUGGGAGCUAUCUCAACGGGUUGGCGAACUCUUUCAGGCCAAGAAGCCGGCAGUCAACAUCUAUGCAGAAGGGCCAGCAGAUGGCAGCGGGGAGAGCAUGUGUUUGCGUGAAUUGGGUGGCAAGCGACCACCAACGGAUGCGGUGCAGAACACGCGACUAAAGGUCGGCCUAGGUGUAACGUUAAGCAUGGAGUCGGGUGGCGACGUGUGGAUUUAUAAUCGCAGCAAUGUGCCGAUAUUCGUGGACUCGCCCACGUUGGCCGAGAGCUUGGAUCGAGUCUGUAAGGUGAUGCCUGGCUACUGUCUGAAGGCCUUCGAUACACACAGGGCUCAAUGGCUGGCCUGCAAGCAGUCGCAGCAUAACCAGCAGCUGGGACCAAUCGACCGGUUUAGCAUGAAGAUCAGCUUCGCCAAGGGCUGGGGCAACACAUACAAGCGGCAGGACGUGAUGGGCUGCCCCUGUUGGCUGGAAGUGCACUUCACCCAUCUGCGGUGACAGUGCCAGCAGCCUGCGGGCAAUAACAAUAGCAAACAUUGCUCUUCAUCCGCAUUGAGAGCCGCGCUCGUUGACUGCAGCAAUCCAAAAUCAAGUGCGCUGCAACGUUCGGGCCAGCUGCUGUGCAUCAUUCAGAGACUGCUGGCGAGGAUGAGCAGUAAAGCGUGCACAUUGAGACUGCAAGCAAUUGGUACGAGGAGCUUUAAAUUACAACAACCAGACUAGUAGCAAAGUGGGGCAAGUGAGCAAGAGGAGAAGGAGACGGAGACCGAGGAGGGAGGAGGGAGGAGAACUAAUAAAUAGGGGCAACAAUGGACUGCUAAUGAAAUACUUUUAAAAGUUUAACUUAAUUAUGAAACAUGUUUCAAUUAAUUGCUAAAAUGCCACAUCGAAAUUAACUUAUAUAUAUAUGUAUAAAGCAUGUGCGGCAAAGGAGACGGAGACAGAGACGAAGACGGAGAGUUUUGGGGAGUGUUAAAUUCAAAUAGUAAUUGAUUGUUAAACAUAGCUAAAAUUUAAAUCCUGUGAUUCACUCUAUAUGUACAUAUGUAUGCAUAUGUAUGUGCACACUAACAACACCACACACACAACAACAAAUACUGACUAACUAGUAUGUAUGGGCGCAAGGAACUGUUUACAAUAGUUGUAUGUAUAGGAAGGAUAAAUAUUAGAGAGCAGCAUAUAAACAAGUCGGAACGUUUAAGCUUUCCCUUUAAUGUUAUAUUGUUUUAUUAAUAUUCUGAAACAUUUGAGACUUCUAUAGAAACCAAAUCGUUACCUAUUUUAAUAAUGUGAAGUGAUUAACAAAAGCUUUGGCAUUAUUGGGCCAUAAACCUUUCAAUUAAAUGCUAACGGGUUACUAAGUAUUUUGUUUAUUUUUACUGAUUGAUCGAUUUAAGAACUUUCGUUGAAUUUAUUUGCAUUUUGUAAUUCGCGUUUUAGUUUUCAUCGACUUUGUAGCCCAAGAACUCAGUUACAUUUCUUUUAAAUGGAAAUGUAAAUUUGAGCUAGUGAAGGAUAAGAUUUUACUGCACUAGAAUUUGUUAGGUGCGUCCCAUUGUAGAUAAUGUAGCCACCCCACUGUAUUGCUGCCCAAUUCUAUAUACAUACAUACAUACAAACGUACAUACAUACAUAGAAGUAUAUGCAGACAUACAUACAUAUGUACACAUGUACAUUUUAAUUCCAAAAAUUUAUUAUUACAUUAACCAUACGCCCUUUUAUGAAAGCAUAAGUACAUACGGAGAGUACAUAGUUAAAACAUAAACAAAAAAAGCUGAUUUUAAAAAUUGCUUGGACUUGCAUCAUUUUGAAUAUAUUGAAGACGUACAUGCAUACGAAUACUAUACAAGAUGUACAUUACUUGCAAUAUCUUCAAAAUGAUCAAAAAUAUUUAAUCAGCGUUAAUAGUUGUAGCUUUACUGUUAAGUUUUAAGAAAUAUUUUGUAAUAAAAUUUCAAUAUAUUUACAACACUUGGAUUUUUACUGUAAUCAUCGAAGAACACAAUUUGCUUCUUGGCAAUUCCAUUUUAUAUACAUAUGUAUAUAUAUUCAUUUAUUGUACUGAGUUAUAUAAAAAUCCUUUAUAAUAUUAGUUCAUUCAAUAACAUAGUCUUGGUCAAAAUCAUAUUUAUCAGCUUUCGUCGAUGCUGCACCAAGGCUAAAACUGUCCAGAACAUCAGUUAUUUUCGAAAUCUUUUUCUCAUUCCGAACAUUCUGCUUUUUCUUCUUUUUCUGGAGCUCUUUAAUGUUCUUAUUCAGCGAUUGAUUUUCUGAAAAAUUAAUAUUAUUAUAAAUCUUUCUGAAGUGUUGAUGGUCAUGUGUCGUCUUACCUUCAAGAAGCAGGGCAGGAUCGGUUUUCUCCUUCUUCUCCUCAUCUAAUUUUCGCUUCCGACCCUUUGUUGGCACCUCUUCCUGGUCGGCUAUGAUUUCAGCAGAUGCCUGCACUUCUUCACGGGGCAAACGCACUUCUAGUGGACCAGUGGAUGUAAUCUGCAUAACAUCGUCGGCUUUCUCAGUGCACUGAUUCAAUAUAUCUGUUUCCAUUGACUCGAAGUUAUUCACGUCGAAUUCACGCGCCUCGGCAU